AUGCCUUGCAACAAUGAAGAAAAGUGCAUACAGCAAAAAGACGUUUGCAACAGUUAUCAAGAUUGCACUGAUGGUGAAGAUGAAGAUCCUGUUUUAUGUGCUGAUCUUCACGGGAGUACUUAUCUGGUCGACUCGGAGAUAAAUUCUAUCAUCGAACAGUCUUUAACGAUCCAUCAGAAAUUUAACAUCUGUGAUGUUGAUUUCUAUCCUACUCAAUGUAUAUGCAGAUUUGUGGACAGAGUAUAUUGUAACGAUGCUGAACUAACGGAAAUACCUCCAAACAUUUCAGAGAACGUCAAGUAUUUGGGCUUGGCAAAUAAUAACAUCGAAUUUUUAUCGACCAUUGCUAUGGAUCGAUACAAUUUGAAGCUAUUAUUUUUAGAAGCCAAUAAAAUUAGUUUCUUGCAAUCAAAUAUAUUUAGACUCCAGGAAAAUAUGGAAAAAUUGUUUUUGACGAACAAUUUUUUAACGGUAUUGGAGAAAGGAGUAUUCACAGGUUUAGCUAACCUCAGGUGGUUGUUUCUUGACGACAACCAACUUACCCAAAUAGAUAUGUCAAAUUUUGAAGCAACAAGUAGCCUCCAAUGGAUAAAUUUAGGGCGAAAUAAUCUGACUUUCACCAGAAACGAAACAUUUCCUUACCUGCCGAAUUUAUUAGAAUUAUUCUUGAACGAAAAUCGAAUACGUAAAAUCAAUAGCAACACUUUUGCAAAUUUGACUAAGCUACACUUACUAAAUUUAAGAAGUAAUCAGAUUAAAACCAUUGAUGAAGAUUCGUUUCACAAUUUAGUGGAGUUGAAAGAGUUGGACUUAUUUGGAAACCAAAUCAAAGUUCUACCAGUUUAUAUUUUCGCAGGCCAACAUAAACUUGCGAAAUUAUAUUUAGGGAUGAAUCCCUUCACUUAUAUUCAAAAGGAAUUGUUCUUCAGUUUGAAAGACCUAAAAUCACUAAAUCUCGAAGAGAUCGAAAUUGGACAAAUAGACGUGAAUAUGUUUGAUAUAACCAGUUUGGAGUCGAUUUAUUUUAAAACCUACAAAUAUUGUGCUUACGCUCCCAAAGUUCGCAGAUGCAGACCAAUUUCAGAUGGUAUUUCAUCCACAAAUCAACUUCUGUUUAAACCCAUUUUCAGAUAUUCGAAUUGGGUGAUGUGUGUUGUUACAGUCGCGGGAAACACUCUGGUGAUAUUCAGCAGAUAUUUAUUUAGGGAUGAAAAUAAAACGUUGAGCAUUGUUAUUAAAAAUUUAGCCGUUAGCGAUGGUUUGAUGGGAAUAUAUUUGUUGAUCAUAGCAAUUCAAGAUAUCAAGUUCAGGGACAACUACAACUCUGAAGCAAUGCUAUGGAUAUCAUCAUGGAAUUGUGCUUUGACAGGUAUAGUUGGAAUGAUCUCGUUGGAAGUUUCGGUAUUGUUUUUGGUCUUUAUGUCAAUCGAGAGGUUUAUAAUAAUUACCAUGCCCUUUCGGAGAUACGCUUCUCUCAGCGUAAAAGAGACGUGGAGAGUGAUGCUCAGCAUUUGGUGUUUUGGAAUUGCCAUUGCAGUUAUACCAGCGCUAAGUUUUAUGUCUAGCACGAAAUUUUAUGGACUUAAUGGCCUUUGUUUUCCGUUACAUAUUGACGACCCUUACAUCAUUGGUUGGCAAUAUUCAGCAUUAAUAUUUUUCGGGAUCAAUGGGCCAAGCCUAUUUAUUAUCGUCUGCGUGUAUGCUGGUAUGUUCGUCAGCAUACAACAUACCAGAAAUGCCACCUCCCUUCCCAUGAAAGAUUAUGAGUUUGCUAUACGAUUUUUUUUCAUUGUUCUGGCGAAUAUAGCAUGCUGGCUGCCGAUACUGGUUGCCAAAGCUAUAGUUUACUGGGGUGUUGAAAUUUCAGCUGAUGUCUAUGGCUGGCUAAUUGUAUUCGUUCUGCCGAUUAACUCUGCAUUGAACCCUAUCCUUUACACAUUUACAACAAGAAGAUACCGCAAUCGCCUGGGAAAUGUGUCAAAUUGUAUUAAGCAAAUGACAACUACGGGUGCGGCAGACAGCAAAAUAUCUCAAGAGAUGUUUAACUUUACACACAAAUAUGUGCACAGAAAUCGCGAACCGAAGAAGUGAAUUAGUAGAAUUAAAUGUGCUAUGAAUAUCUUUGUGAUGUUAACUACAAAUGUUUUGAUGUAAUUUUGUGUAUAAUUCAUUCGCACCUGUCGCUGAAUGAAAUUAACAAAAACUAACCCUCUGGAUUUAAAGCGUUUCCGAUAACAAAUAAAAUGAGUUAUUAAAAUUAUUUACAGUAAAAACUUAAUUAGUAUCAAUAACCGAAAGUAUUUGCAGUUACUAAUGUUUGCCUUCAAAAUUGCGUAUUUUUUAAAAAUAAAUGGAUAAUUUAUUGCCAAUAAAUAAAGACCAAUAAAGACCCUGUCUGGCCCUUUUCGACAAGGCACGUGUUUAUUAGGUUAUUACAUUACAAUGGAGCCGACUCGGGUAUUGUACGACCAAAAAUAUUGUGCAUUUAUUGCUAUUAAGUUUUAAGUAUUUGUCCACAGAUCUUCGCAGGACCGUGG